UGAGGCUCCCAGUUAUGAUCCCUGCAAUAGCUAUACUUCUCUGGAUCAACCCUGGAGAGGAACUAAUAUGACUGGAGGGUCCAGUUGUGAUAGCAACACCAAAUGGACUGGCUGGUAUCGGCUGCUGUAUAACGGGAUGAGUGUCCGUAUGCCAGACAGCUGUGUUAAUCGAUCCAGAUGUGGUACUUAUUACACUCUGUGGCUGAAUGGAUCUCACCCUCAGAUAGAGGAUGGAAUAGUCACUCGUGGAGUCUGUGGAAAUUCAGGAAGUGACUGCUGCUACUACAGAUCCAUCCCAAUUCGAGUCAAAGCAUGUCCAGGAAACUAUUACGUCUAUGAGUUUGUCAGGCCAGUCAACUGCAAUUCAGCUUACUGUGCAGACGUGAGCACCAUCACGUCAGUCUCUACAACGACAACAACAACAACAACAGCAACAAUGGCUGUUAGCACUUACUGGACCACAAAUUCAUGGACAACUGUUACAAGUCCUGCUCCUCAGACAACAGUUCAGACUAUCACAAUGCCUCAGGAAUGUCAGGGAAAUAUAUCAGCAAAAUGUGCAGAUGAUAUCUUUAAGCAAAUUGAAAAUAGCACUAAUCCAGUGCUCCCACCACAAGUUGUAGAGAAGAUGCUACAGGAGCAGGUUCUGAAAGUUGAAGUAAUUAAUGCACAGGUACCUGUAUCUGCUGGGAUCACAAUGCUGAACAAGACUGAGAUAUUGGUGUCUACACUGGUGAUGCCAACAGAAACCAACAGCUCAGUUAAGAUCUCUCUAAAUGGUUUAGAUGUUCAUGUCUUUACUGUUGGACCAAAAGCCUCCUUGACAGAAAUCCCUCGGCUAAGCAUAAACAAUGCUCAGAUGGUUAUUGACCUUAUCCAGAUCUCAAAGAACAACAACGGAUCAGCUGCUGUGGCCUUCAUGAGUUACACGAACAUAUCAAGCAUACUGAAACCCACUUUCUUCAACACAACUAACAAAACAGAGAAAACCAUGAUGUCCAAUGUGGUGUCAGCAACACUGCCCAAAACCACCAACACACAGCUCACCAAACCGGUCAACUUCACCCUGAAACACAUUGCAGACAUUGACCCUAAUGGUACACUCACUUGUGUGUACUGGAAUAACACUGAAUGGAUUAUACAUGGAUGUAUCCUUCUCCAGACCAACAGCAGCCACACUGUAUGCUCCUGUGAUCACCUGUCAACCUUCGCUCUCAUCAUGCAGACCAACCCACCCACAGUAGAUAACAGUGAUCCUGUGACGGACCUGUUUAACACAGUAGCUGUGGCAGUCGGACUUUUCUUCCUGAGCUUGACCCUUUUGACCUUUGCCUUUUGUCGGCGGAACCCAAGAGUGACCAACACAGCUCUGACAAACCUGUGUAUAAGCCUCUUACUGGCUCACCUCCUCUUUCUGCUCACACAGACAUUCCUGCAGUACAUACAACCUCAGCAGCUGCUGUGUGCAGUGCUGGCAGGUGUUCUGCACUUCCUCUUUCUCUCUGCUUUUGUGUGGAUGUUCAUUGAAGCUGUGCUGCUCUUCAUUGCUGUGAAGAACCUCACAAAGAUCAGAUCAAAGCAGAAGGAGGUGCUUAGCUGGAAAUAUCUGAUAGCGAUUGGAUAUGUCAUUCCUCUGACUGUGGUGGGCGUGUCUGUUGGACUGUUUCCAGAUGGAUACGGCAGUAAAGAGUGCUGGCUUAAGACAGACAAAGGCUUUUUGUGGAGUUUUCUGGGACCCAUUUGUUUCAUUCUCUCUGCAAACAUGAUUCUCUUCUUCGUCAUCUUAUUCAUCGUAAUCUCCACUCUGAAAAGUAUGAAAAGUGAACUCUUGAGAAUCAGACAGGCGAAAAGUGACCAGCGACUCUUUAAAAGUGUGAUCCUGAAAACCAUGGUCCAGUUUUACAUUGUUGGCUGCUCCUGGAUUCUGGGUUUCUUCCCAAACUACAAUAAGGUGUUGGAUAUGCUCUUCCUGUUCUUCAACUCCCAGCAGGGCACCUUCAUCUUCCUCAUCCACUGUGCCCUCAACCAAGAGGUGAGGCAGUUUUAUAUAAAGCGGUGGCGAGAUCUGCGUGCUGCUUUCAAACCAUGCACAAGAGAAAAUGUGGAUACCCCGAUAUCAACAUCCUAGAUUCCUAGGCGAUUUGGAUGCUUAUUUGAGGGUUAAUGGUUUGAGAUUUUGUUUAUUUUGUUUACACUGUAGAGCCUUGGAUAUUUAGUCUUGGGUGUGAGGGCACAUUGUAUGGUGAACUGAGUUUGGGAUUAGGGAAAGUGUUUUAGUGAUUACAUUAUUAUACAUUAUCUAAACAUAAUCUGCUUUAUUUGAAAAAAAAAAAAAUCAUUGCUUUAUAUAUAUAUAUUAAUAUAUAUCGCU